AUGCCAUGCACCUAUAAACGCACUUACAAUGCAUCCACCAUUCACUUAGAAUGCAUGCUGCCAUGCACAUGCAUUACUACUGAGGAACCUUACCAUUUCAUUUGGAGACCGUCUCCUGUCUACCAGAUAUCAGAAGGUGAGUCAGUGACGCUGCCCUGCGUGUUACCACCUUACACAUCCUACAGGCCGGAUGUCCGGUGGUUGAAGAUUGCAUUAAAAAAAUUAAAUAAUAAACUUAAUAACUUCCGCCAAAGUGUCCGCACUGGCGUUAAUGAAGCUACUACCACCGUCAUACCAUGCAAUGUAGACACGUGUGUGUGGGCGUGUGUCGACGACUUGCAACAAAAUUUCACGAAACGAGGCAAGUAUGAACUGACCAAAAAAAUCGUUGAAAACGACGAUGAUGACUACAACACCAACAGCAUCAACAACUUAAACAACGACAUCAAUAACAUCAACAAUGACAACAAUUUAACAAUUCAUAACAUAACGAAAGUAGAUGCUGGUACAUAUGAGUGCAUCGCUUCUGACGCCAAUAUCAAUUCAGUUGCUUCUACUCGAUUGAUCGUUCAAAACAGUGUAUUUCAGGCAGCUCACAAUCUCAAAGUUACAUCAGUUGAGAACAGUAUCGCCCUUUCCUGGCUGCCUGCUUUCAUCAAUGGACACGCGUUGCAUUACCUUCUAUGGUACCGCCAGCUGAAAGAUGAAACAACGGAAGUUGGGGAUGACAACAUGCGAGAUUCUUACGGCGAAACAGAUUCCUACUACAAGAGCGAUGAUUACGACGACGAUAACAACGAAGAUGAAGAUGAACGACUUGAUGCAGAGUUUGAUUCCUCUUCUCAUCAGAACAUUCCUGAACAUUACAAAAAUCUUGAUCGAUAUUUCUGGCAAACAAUUCCAAUUUUUUCGUACGAUGCCCACUCUUGCACGUUGCACGGCUUGGAGUGGAAUACACUCUACGAAGUUAUGAUCAUGAGUCGAAGUUUGCUGGAUUCCAGUCUGGAGGUCUUCAGCGGCAAGACCAGGAUCAAAACUCACUGUGCUAUCAAGUCCAUCAACAAAUGGAGUGAUUGCUGUUCAACAUUCCAGUAA